GGGGAUAAACGGAAAGGAUUCGCCUGCAGUCAGAGCAGAGAGGAAACAUCUCCACUCUGUGUUCACAUUUUAAAUAAACGCUACCCAUCAAUGCUAACGCUUGCAAUUCCAACUCCUGACUCACCACCAGGGGGCGUCUCUGAGUGAGAUGGUUUUAUCCCAAACAUGGGGCCUAACCAAGUUGGCCUAACCAAGUUGGAGAAUCCAACUGCAGUAGCCACAGUUCAGCCCACAGAGGGCAGCACUGAGGCAGUUUUACGCUCAUUGACAUAAAAAAGUUACAAACAUAAAGCUAGCGUCUGUUAUCUGUCUGUUCUGCAACAAAAGGUUGAUUAAGGGGUUAGCUACUCCACAUAGUAAAAUUUUUAUAUGUAUUAUUUAAUUGAUUAGUCACUAAAUGGCUGAUUUUAGGAGUGCAGUCUGCAUCUUUUUGUCUCUCUGCCUUCGUUGCCUCUUUGCCAGAAAAGGUAACCUUGGGACAGCUGCUGCACGGAGGCGAGCGCUGAGAAAAUCACAACCUGUGAACUCAUGCAGACACUGAAGCCUCCACAGGAAUCCCUUAAACACUCCUAAGUCACAGAGUGCCUCAUUCAUGCACAAACACAGCUGAAUACCAGGCAUGUUUCAUUAUCCGGCCUGCAGACGCCUCUGUCUCUUUCUCUGCGUCUGUUUUCUCUGGAUUUACAGAAACUUCAUUUCGUCAGGUGGAUUCAGUUUUAUUUAGCUCUCUAAAGAGUUUUUUUUUGCCACUUCUGAGUUUUGCACCCUCUGACCCUUCAGGAUGCAGGGCUUCUGCAGGGGAGUGUGAUGAAUCGUUACAAUGACAGAUUUGUCUGCUAAACACCAUUUAGAGCCAAUUUUGGAGACCUAAACAACUGCAACAAGUCAGGCUGACAAGAGGACCAGAAGAGCGAGUGCCUUGAGGUCCAGCUAUCACUGCCACACAGAUGUGGAAGUCCCAAAACGCUGCUAUCAAAUAACGACGACGUCGAAAACAAAGAGGAAAGAAUCGGUUGUGAAGUUAGCAGCCAUGUCGGAUCAUAAAGACAUGACGCACCGCCACUUACGGCACAAGCUGCAGAGUCUCGGCAGGAGGCUGGAUGAGCUGGAAGAAGCGACCAACAAGCUGCAGAAGUCUGAGGACGAGCUGCUUGACCUGCAGGACAAGAUCAUCCAAGCAGAAGGCAGCAACUCGUCCCUGCUGGGUGACGUGGAGGCGCUACGGAAACGUCUGCUGAAGAUCCAGGGCAAGGAUGAGGAGGUACGCAAAGCCGAGGACCUCUGCCGCACGGUCCGCGAGAAACUGGAAGAGGAGGAAAACCUCACCAAGGAGCUAAAGGGCGAAAUCGAGCGUCUUCAGCGGAGGAUGGCUGAACUGGAGAAACUGGAGGAAGCUUUUGGUAAAAGCAAGUCUGACUGCAGCCAACUGUGCCUGAGUCUCAACGAGGAGAAGAACCUGACCAAGAAGCUCUCCUCGGAGUUGGAGACGCUCAGAACGCGCUUGAAGGAAGUCGAAGGCUCUGAGACGAAGCUGGACAAGGCGGAGCAGGCGCUGGCGAAAGAGCUGGAGAAGCUCAAGGCCUUCACUCAGGCGUUUGUCAGCGAGCGGAAGAAGCUGCUGGAGAAGCAAAGAGAGGAUGAGAAGAUCAUUCAGAAGCUUUCAGAGGAAAGAAAAAGCCUGGAUCAUUCAGACUUCAUGAGCUCAAGAAUUGAGGAUGAACUUUCUUCCACCGCGCUCUUCACAAGUAAACUGUCAGGCAAGAAGAACCUUGACUUCCUGAAGCUGGCAGAUGAGAAGCUAGGCAUCGUCAACAAGUCUGAGAUCAAGAAGGGCUCACAGGAGGAAGACAACAAAGUAAAGGAGCUGACUCAGGAAGUGGAGAAGCUGAAGAACCGCCUCAAGCAGAUGGAGGCAGUGGAGGAGGAUCUGAAGAACUCCCAGUUCAAGAACGGAGAGCUUCACGAGAAGUUUCAGGUGGAGCAAAGGCGAUCUCGCCAACUGAGCGAACAGGUGGAGCAGCUCCGGAUGCAGCUGUAUGGAAAAGCUGGGUUUGGGGGUAAAGGAAUCGGGAAUGUUGAAAAGCACGGCAACGGAAACCCUGCGAAGGUCCUGGAAAAUGGCAAAGCUGAGAACGAGGAGGUGGCAUCGAUGGGCUUCAGGCAAGAGAAGCCCAAAUUUAAAAGUUCUGCAGCGUUUCCAGAACCAGGCUCUCCAAAGCACCGGGUCCGGGAGCUUUCCCCUCAGCACAGGAGAGAAACCAUGCUGAGGGGCAAAGGCGAAAGUUCCCCAAAGAUGACAAGGCGACCUCUGAGUCCUGCUCUGAGGAACAGACGGACUCCCAAAACCACGACUGCUACCGUUUCUUCAGACAACGGAGUUACAUCUCGAUUUCCUGAGGAACGCCCAAAAGGAGCCUCGCAUUCCUCCGAAGUUAAGAAGGCGUCUGUCCUGAGCCGUUACCCUCCAGCUGCUAAUGAACCGAAGCCUCAGAGGACACCGUUCAAGCAGACGGACGCGGAGGUGAAGACCAAAGAGAGGUUCUCUAAAGCGUACGGAGGCAGUGACACGGAGUCGAACAACUCCGACGCUACGCCAGAGAGGGUUAUCGCGAACAACGUGUCUGCAGCGGAGAAGGAGGCAGUGUCCGCCUCUGAUCAGGAACCGACAGACACCGUUCAAGAGUCUUUGGCAUCCACAGCCAACGGGUCGUACACGGCCUACAGAUCUCACGUCACUCCUCUGCUGCCCAACGACCCCGGCUCAGACACCCAUUCAUCUGCAUCUGAGACCGAAUCCACCGGCUCAAGACCCUCAGAAGUGGAACCUGCGGCUGAGACGAUUAGCGCGUCGGUGAGCAGCAGGACAACCAGCUCCAGGUACACCAGAUACCCUCACGUCCACGACUCGCACUCGGAGGGGUCUUCCUCCAGGAGCUCCUUCGACGAGGAGUUGCUCAGCAGGGCGCAGUCGGCCGACGGAGGAGGCCGCCACACUCCCGUGCAGACGCCGUCGUCCAUCGAGAUCCAGAGAGUCUGCAGCCCCCGGGAGGCGCUGAGGUCAAAGGCCGUCAUCAAGCCCGCGAUUGUUGAGAUCGACAGGAAGGAAGUCAUGAUUUCAGACUCCUUGUCAACAAACGGCAAACCCAAGAUCUCCACCAAGCCGAUUGUGACCAGCAGCAGCAAAAUGACCAGCAGCAUCACCAUCUACCCCAGUGACCCCAGUUCCUCCAGAACCAGCAGCCGCAGCAGCAGCUUGUCCAGCGAGCCGAUGCCGGUGAAGGAGCGCCACACGUCCACCAGCAACUUCGUCAUCGGACCCAGCAGUGACCACCGCGGCAGCAUUUCCGUCCCGUAUGAGAUUUCCAUCCCUAAGAGUGAAAUCGCUUUGCGGCCGAGCCAAGACCAGGACUGUGGCGACGACGAGCGCGCCGAUGUGCCAACGAGGUCCAAACUCCACAGCGCCUCCAGGCUGGAGUCCGCCAGCAGCUACGUGAGCCACCAGCGCGGCGGCGGCCGGCGCCGGUCCUCGGACUUCAACGACACAGAGUCGGGCUUCGAGAGCGGCAGCGGCACAGCGACGGUGACCAGCUGGAGAAGCCAGAGGCAAACCGAGCUCUCCGCGGACGACGCACCAUCAGACACCAAGAACGUGACCGUGAGGAGCACCUGGAGGAACAAGACGAGCAAGACGAUGGUGGACGUUGGGUCUGAAGACGAGGCAGAGACGGCGACAACAUGGAGGGCGUAUCGGGCGACCACCUUUGACUCGGAGGAAACUGUGAACAACGCGGCACCACAAAAAGGAACUAAACCAGCAGAGGCGUACAUGCGACGGUACAACAGCGUGACAAGCACCAAGGAAGCAGAAGAACCGACGCUGCGCCGAGACCGGAGGUCCGAGUCUCCGGUUACGGAAGCAGGAAUUCUGGGAAGGACCAUUCCCCAUGCACCAGUUACCUCCCAGUCCUGGAGCCGGUCGUAUUCUCAGGCACCACUGGCCAAAGACGCCCCGGACCCGGCUCCGAACCCGUGCUGCAGCCCGGCCUCCUGGAGGCGCCACCCGCCACCCGGCGCCUCCUACGACCGCCUGACUAAGGCGGGCGGCGCCUCGACCCGAGGCGGGGAGCCGUGGGCCGGCCGAGGCCCGGCGCCGUCGACCCGGACGGACGGGAGGACCGGAGCAGGAAGCAGAACCUGGAGCCACUGUCAGUCGGAGCAUCGCUAGGCUGGAAGCAGCGCUGAGCCAGUUUUCCAGCAGCCAUUCGGUCCGAAAGCAAACAUCUGUUAGAGAAGCUGAGGCUCCGCCCCCUCUGGAUCUGCUUCCUCUUCUACUUCCUGUUGGAUGUGUUAUGAUGUCAUAUUGUCCCCCCCAACCUGUGCGCCGGAUUGUCCUGCAGAACCAAACCUUCUCCCUCCCAUGUGACCAAAAGCAGGAAGUGAAUUAAUCCUGUUACUCCAUCAGCCCCAACUCUUCUUCUUCUUCUUCUUCUCAUGCAUUCAAACAACGUGGAGCGCGGCGAAGGCUCCAGCAGCUUCUGCAGCGCCGCAUAAUGGCUGCUGGCUGCAUGGCUGUAAGUAGAAAAAGAAAAGCACUUGAAGGCUGCGACUCGGCAUGCGACUCGGCAUGCGCGCUGCUUAAAGGAGCAGUCGGCGAAAUUGGGAUCAUUUUAUUCUGCUUUAGUUUUAUUUUUGUGUGAUGUGCUUCCUGUUCCUUCUCGGGGUCGUGUGGGAAAAACUCGCUGAAACGCGAUGAACCUGUCAAACCGAACCGGUUCUGGAUUCAGACGGAAAUGAUCAGAUUUAUGAAACGAAGCGACGCGUGUCCUCCAUGAAAUGAAACGCUGCAUCCUGAUUGGUCCGCAUGGAGCCCACUACGACACUUUACGAACCGAUCAUCCAAUCAAACUGUUAGGAUUCACAUUUCCUCACUGAACAUGAGAACCAUUAAAAUAAGACAAAAUUAACUUACAAUGAACUUCUCAGCAAGAAAUAAGUUCUUUUUUAAUUCAAUAAUUCCUUCAUAUUUAUGGAAAAUAUUUUCUCCUGGCAGAUUAAUUUAUGAUAAUAUCAGAUAAAUCGGACAUUUUCCAUGUCAUUUAGUGAAAUAAUCUGGUUUCAUGAAUAUAUUUAAUUAAAAUAAAAACAGAUUUGCUGCUGAGAAGUUACCUGUAAGUUCAUGUUUUAUUUGAAGUGUGCUAAAGUAUUUGCAGUAGGAAUUAGACCUGAAGGAUUUUGUGUUUUUGCAGAGUAGCUCGAGUUGCCAUCUUUUAUUUUUUUCCUGACAUCCAGAGUCUUUUUCUGGCCCCUCUAUGUGAAGCAGCUCCUGGCCGCCUGACUGAAAGGUCAGAGGUCAGCGUCUAAUCCUGUCUCUGGGUCUCGACUCAGGGAGGGAGACGUCGCCGCGGGUCGAUUGAAACGCUGGCGGGAGGAUCGAGUGUCUGGUGUAAAGUUCCUCCUCGUCUGCUUCUGUCGAUUUCAUCUGAAUUUAUUUGAAAAUAUUUGGAUAAAUGAUGAGAAACUGUUUUCUCUCUUGUUGGGUUUUCAUUGAUCCCAUUUAAACAGAAAAAUCAUAAAGUGAUUAUUUUAUAGUUUCUCAUUUAACCAAAUAUUACUCAGGCGUUUGUAUACAUUUAAACCUAAAAUCACAUUUUUCCUUUUCCUAAAAUAACUUAUUGCAAUUUUUUCAUUAUUUUGUUUUUCACUGGAAAAAUCCAAAAUCCAAAGUAUUUCUGGUUUCUAAUGCAAAUUGAACUAAACUAAAAAGUAACUUUUCAGCAAGAUGUGGGAGAUUUUACGUCAAUAAUUCUUUAAUGUUUAUUUAGAAGUACAUAUUUCACACUUUUCAAGACAUUUUAUGUGAAAUAUUAUGGUUUUAAAUCAAGAUUAAAGAAUUAUUUUCUUGUAAGUUAGUUUUCUCUUAAAGUUUACUCAAAUAUUUGCAUCAGAAAUGAAAAAUACUCGCUGAUAUUUUAGUGUUUCCAGGCCCAGUCGGAUCAGUUCAAGCCCAAAUGAAUCAUGGUUUUCCUGCAGAUGGAUGAGAAGUUCUGUUCCUUCGGAUCAGAACCCGGUUCCGGUGUCAUGGUGACGCGUGGCUGGGAUGCUUUGAGGCUCCAGUUUGGGAUUAAAUCCCCUGAAGUUGCUGUUGUUGCGUCAGGAAUGCGAAUCCGACAGAAACUCAACAGAACGUCAGAAAAAGUUCCUGCUUUUCCGGACCUGCUGUGUUUUUUCACCAUUGCUAAAAAAAACAGGGAAAACUGCUGCAGAACUACAGGAAUCAUAAUCAUUUGUUACUGUUUUGUUUUAACUUUGUGCCAAAAUCAUUCCACAGUAUUUACGGUUUACAUUUAGCAACCCUCCAUGCUGACGGAUAAUCUGCCUCCAAGAUGCUGGAUAAAGGGGAGAUGCUCACUCUGAGGGGUUUUCUAUAUCCUGUUUUGUUUCUUUGUGAAACAAAAUGUUAUUUUUGAGUCUAUAGAUUUUAUUUAAGGAGAAAUGUAUAAUUUUGUAAAGUGGGCCUUAUUGUUGAACUAUAUAGAGUAUUUGUUCAUCUUGAUUUUUUUAUCUUCGUCGUUGCUCUUACACUCCUGGAGAGUCCGUUUUGUGUUCUGGUUGUUAAACAUGAGCGUUUUUCUCACAGGUCAGAGAGGAAAGAAGCUUUUGCUGUUUGUUUUUUUUAAUUAAAAGUGAAAGUUGUUGCGUUUUUAAUCAGAUUAGAGCAGAUUGUUUCUGUUAAAGUCGGACCGUUUGGUUCUCCAGCCUCAGAUCUGCUUUCCCUCAGAAAUUCAGGGUUUUUACAUCUGAUGAAAGCAUUCAGAUCCCUCCUCUCCUCAUACAUAUAUCUGUAUAUAAAUGUAAAUUGCGAAAUAAUCUAACAAGAAAUGAGAAUUAAAGGAUGAUAUUUUUAAGUGGAUCCCUCCUCUCUUCCUCUGUUUUAAACAAGACAAACUCUCUGAGUUGUUACUGGAUCUGAGUGGAGCCAGGUGGGCUGAAUGACGAUGCUUUUUUAUUUUUUACCUCUCAGCUUUAGAUUUAAACGAUGUGCAUGUUUUAACCGUACCGCACUCUGCAUGUAGGCCUCUUUAAAGCUGCCAACUGUACAGCAGACCAUAUGUAUUCCAAUAAAAAUAAAAAACCGACCUGUUUGCAACA